AUGUUGACCAUCAAAGGUCAUAGGCCUCCUAUCCAGCCACCAGGAAACCGUAGAAACCGUGGUCAUGUGCAGAUCCGUAAUUGCGGUGAUGACUUGGAAGUUGUGGAUGUUGGACCGGGACACCACUAUGAGAACCAAUACAACAUCAAAAGCACAUCAUGGAUUUGGGAGCGGAGGAGGCGGUUCCUGAAUUUUGAGCACAUCAGGUUCACCCAGGACAGCACGAAGACGAAGAACCGUCAAAUAAGUUGGAGCUACAAUAUCAGAAGAGAAAGCGGCAACAACAUAAAUUUGAUGCAGCUUUGCCAAGGCGCUCGGCCUCGUCUUGCUGAUUUAGAGGCUGGACUUUUUUCCGCUCUGGUCAGGGAGUUUCGACAUAAUAUGGCUAAACUUGUCGAGUUUGUGCGUGCGCUCUUUGAUUCCUGA